AUGGGAAGUAAGAAACAUUUUGCAUUGGUUAAGUGGAUUGGCGGCGAGGACGAAAAAAAAUACACUUCCGGCAUAGAUAUAAAUCACAUAAAAAAUUUUAAUUAUGAACAAUUCAUCGAUGAUGCUGAAGACCCGGAUAAAAUUUAUGUAGUUGAAUGGCACGAUUCAGUAAAAGAACCACUGGGUGAUUCUCUAGUCAAGUUAAAUAAAAAACUUAAAACUAUUGAUGGAAUUCAAUCUCCUAAACGUUGUGUUGCUCAAGAGGUAACUGAAGAAAGUGGACCCAGUAAAAAUGACAUUCCUGAAAAAAAUGAAAAAGUAACAGUUAAUGAGCCAGAAGUGGUAGUAAGUGAUACUGAAAUUGACAAGAGUCCGAAGGUUAAACGUAAAAAAUCAUUUGAUGACAGUAAUAGUUCAGAAGAGAUUGAAGUUCUAAACGAUGGAGAAUCAAAGACUACUGAAUCAUUAUCUCCUCCCAGUGUUAAUGACGGUGAAUUUAAAGAUUCAGAUGUUGAAAUAAUUAAAGACAAGGGUGUAAAACCAUCAGGUACAUCUGAAUUUGUAACUAAACAAGAACUAUCAGAAGCAUUUACGCUUUCCUUGCUCUUCUUCUAUAUUGGACCUCAGCAAGUCCCACCCAACAUUUCCUCUGCUUUAUAUUACGGCUGUGGACCGACUUGUGCUUUCUGUACUGUAUUCGCCCCGAACCUCACCUCUCAGGCUGUUGGAACAGAACCAUGGGGAAACCACAGAGAAAACCCAUGA